CAACUCUAACUGAAAUCUCCAAAUCCUCUCUCUCUCUCUCUCUCUCUCUCUAUCUUCGUUCAAUCACAUUCUUCAUCGCUAACCGUUGCAAGCCCUAAUCAAUUUUCCGAGUAACCACCACCCCCACGCGACGCAAAAAUGGCGGAUCCGAUCCCGGCGCCGCACAGAUCCGCCACGGACUUCUUCUCCGAUCCACUCGACGCUCACCCGCUGUGGUUCAAACCGGCGUCGUUCCUCUCUCCGGACUUCGAUUCCGAAUCCUACAUUUCGGAACUCCGAACCUUCGUCCCCUUCGACACUCUCCGUUCGGAACUCAACAACUACCUCUCCUCCCUCAACCACGAACUCAUCGAUCUCAUCAACCGCGACUACGCCGAUUUCGUCAACCUCAGCACCAAGCUCGUCGACGUCGACGCCGCCGUCGUGCGGAUGCGCGCCCCGCUUGUGGAACUCAGAGAGAAGAUCGAGCAGUUCAGAGGAUCUGUUGAAGUUUCGCUUGUCGCCAUUGAGAAUGGUUUGAAGCAAAGGUCUGAAGCUGCCUCCGCGAGAGAGACUCUGGAGCUUCUCCUUGAUACAUUUCACGUCGUUUCGAAGGUUGAGAAACUAAUUAAGGAGCUGCCUAGUGUGCCGUCCGACUCGUCAAAUGGAGAUGUAAAUUUGUCGGAGAGAAGUCUAUUGAGCAAUGGGUUUUCUGCGCAGCAUGUUGAGAAUGGGACAAGUAUCAGAGAGACGCAAAGCAUGCUGCUGGAAAGAAUUGCCAGUGAGAUGAACCGGCUAAAGUUCUAUGUUACCCAUGCAAAGAACCUUCCUUUUAUUGAGAAUAUGGAGAAGAGGAUUCAAAAUGCAAGCCUAACAGUAGAUGCAAGCUUGGGUCAUUGCUUUGCAGAUGGUCUAGAGCAUCGGGAUGCUACUGCAAUUUACAAUUGCUUGCGUGCAUAUGCUGCUAUUGAUAACACCAAUAAUGCAGAAGAAAUAUUUCGAAUUAAUGUUGUGGCUCCAUUGAUACAGAAGAUUAUCCCACAUGGGCCCUCAGCUGUGGUUGCUGGAUCAUUUGGGGAUGGGCUUGAAAAUGAUUAUCAAUUAAUUAAAGAGUGCAUUGAUAAAGACUGUAAAUUUUUAUUGGAAAUUUCUUCAGCUGAAAAUUCAGGUUUACAUGUCUUUGAUUUCUUAGCCAAUUCAAUCCUUAAAGAGGUUCUCUAUGCUAUUCAAAAGGGGAAACCAGGUGCAUUUUCUCCUGGAAGACCAACAGAGUUCUUGAAAAAUUACAAAUCAAGCUUAGAGUUCUUGGCUUAUCUAGAAGACCACUGUCCAUCCAGAUCUGCCGUUGCAAAAUUUCGAUCUGAAGCAAUAUAUACUGAGUUCAUGAAACAAUGGAAUAUCGGAGUGUAUUUCUCUCUGAGGUUUCAAGAAAUAGCAGGGUCUCUAGAUUCUGUGCUCACAUCAUCCAGUCUUGUCCCUGUUCAAAAUUUAGACCCUGGCGAAUCAAAUAAUCAAUAUUUAACAUUGACUCAAAGUGUCACUCUGUUGGAGAGUUUGAAAUCUUGCUGGAGAGAAGAUGUUCUUGUCCUUUCUUGUUCUGACAAGUUCCUUCGCCUAUGCUUGCAGCUUCUUGCUAGAUACUCAAAUUGGCUGUCAUCUGGACUGACUGCCCGCAAGAACCAUAACACGAACACUAACACUAGGGGUGAAUGGGCUGUUUCGGCUGUCAUAGAUGACUUAAUUUUGGUUAUUCAUGAUAUAAGGUGUUUAGUGGAGCUGGUUCGUGGUGAUUACCUACAGCAUGUGCUUCAGCUCUUAUCUUCAUGCUCCCCUGAUGUUCUUGAAUCAGUAAGGCAGAGCAUUUUACAGGGUGCACAAUCAUUGAAAUCCAUAGAACCUUUAGUCAUCAAAGCAGUGGUGGAGUCACUGGUGGAAAAAUCAGUUGAGGACUUGAGACAGAUGAAGGGGAUAACAGCAACUUACAGACUGACUAAUAAACAACCUAUCAAGCAUUCACAAUAUGUUUCUGGGGUAUUACGCCCCCUUAAGGUUUUUUUGGAUGGGGAGAGAACCAUGAGAUAUUUAGCAAGCGAAACAAAGAAUGAAAUACUCCUUUGUGCUGCAACUGAGAUUACUGACCGAUAUUAUGAAUUAGCAGCUGACCUUGUUAGCGUGACAAGAAAGACAGAGUCUUCACUCCAAAAAAUGAGGCAGAGUGCGCAAAGACGAGCUGGAGCAAGUUCAGAUAUCUCAGAUAAUUAUGUGUCUGACACUGACAAAAUUUGUAUGCAGUUAUUCCUUGAUAUUCAGCAAACUGUGCCUGCUUUCAUUUGAUAAUCUUCCUCUUGCAUAUUGUCACCAGGAGUACGGCCGUAACCUCUCUGCGCUAGGGGUUGAAGCAGUCAAUAUUGCAUCCUACUGUUCAUUAUGGCAGUGUGUGGCUCCUGUGGAUAAGAAAAACUCAAUUAACCUCUAAGAGUUUUCACUUGUGGAGUCAAUGCGGCCUUUAGAUUGCUUUCUUCCUUGGUCAAAAUUAUCUUGUGCAAUGAAAUUUAUAACAAACACACAAAACAGUUUGCCGUACACAAUAGUCAUAGGUUCUCUUAGCUCUUAAAUGAAAAAAAAAAUAGUUUGCUUAACUGCUGUUGUUGUCUUUUAGUUUCUCUGCAUCACUGUGAUAUGAGAUGGUCCUUUACCGCUGGUUUCUUAUCA